AUGUAGAAGGUAUCUACGUACUUUAAAAAUAAAAAAAAAUAUUUGUGGCGCCAUCUUAAAGAAAUGGUUGGAACUAUUUUCAUUACAAACUUGGGCAUUUUCUCACCGAUGGCGCUACUAGUACUAAAACCCUCAGAGUGGUGGUAUCUAGCGGGAAUGGAGUCAACUAUAUCAACGCCGUUUAGUAGCAGUGGUACUACAUCCGAUAACCUCCGCAGACGUCUUCGAUGUCGUUGUUUAUUGUUGUUGAUUCGAAAGUAUCUUUUUAUAACAUUGCACAUCUUUAAUAAAUAUUCCUCGAAAAAGGAGAUAAAUACCUUACUUACUUUUUCCUGCGAAAGACUACGGUCACAAUUAUGGAAACGAAAAUAGAUAUCGACGAAUUAACGCAAGUAUCGAAACAGUGCGAACAUUCUUCGCAAAAUCAUUCGGACGAUGAAAAUAAAAACCAAGCAGAAGAUGAAAGGUACGAUGACAAAGCGUCGGAUGAUGAAAACAUUGUUUCUUCUACGAAACGUUCUUCUAUAAACGACGACCCGAAUAGCACCGUUGAUAUCGCGACGUUCAAAAAGCCGACAGUUCUUAUCAGUCCCAAACGUUCUCGACCAGCGAGUCAAACUUGUAAGACGUCAGUGGACGAAAGCACAGCCUGUAGCUCUGAAAAUAUCGUUGUAUCUCUACAGCAUCCAAACGAUCCACUUAUUCCAUAUAUUGAGCCACCAUGGAGUGGUACACCUGAAAACAAUUACGAAAUGGAGGUAUUAAAAUCUGGAGUUAUUGUUGAAACUGUUUCGCUAAGCAAACAAAAUUUCUAUACCAUUGGACGGUUACCUUCGUGUCACAUAUCUUUGGCGCAUCCAACUAUUUCGAGAUAUCAUGCUGUUUUGCAAUACAGAUCCAAACAAGACGAGGAACAUUCGAAGGGAUUUUACAUAUACGAUCUAGGAAGUACCCAUGGUACAUUUUGGAAUGGAAAUCUUAUAAAACCUCAUGUAUACGUACGUGUACGGGGUGGUCAUAUGCUGAGAUUUGGAUGUAGUCAAAGAAAAUAUAUUUUGCAAGCACCAUCAGACGAUCGGGAAGAAGAAUCCGAUUAUACUGUAUCUCAAUUAAAGGAAAUGAGAGCAGCUGAAUUAGAAAAAAAACAACGUACCGACGAGGAAACUAAAGCAUCUGUGGAUACAAAAGAAAGAGAUGGUAUCGAUUGGGGUAUGGGAGAAGAUGCCGAUGAAGAAACAGAUUUGCAAGAAAAUCCUUAUGCCUGUGUCGCGGAUGAAAAUUUAGUCUUGGAGGAUCCUAAGAAAACUCUGAGAGGAUGGUUUGAAAGAGAGGGAUACGACCUACAGUAUAAAACCGAAGAGAAGGGACCUGGUCAAUUUUUGUGCUGGGUAGACCUUCCUAUGGAAGAAGUUGUUGGUCGUUCCAUCAGAGCUGAAGCCCUUGUUAAAGGCAAGAAAAAAGAAUCGGUCGUGCAGUGCGCGCUAGAAGCCUGUAAAAUCUUAGACAAAUAUGGAUUGUUAAGGCAAGCGAAUCAUGAAGCAAGAAAAAGAAAAACAAGAAAUUGGGAAGCUGAAGAUUUUUACGAUUCGGACGAAGAUAACUUUUUGGAUAGAACAGGAUCGAUAGAAAAAAAACGUGAACAGAGGAUGCGAUUAGCUGGUAAAUUAGAGGAGAAAGUAGAAACGUAUGAUUCCUUGCUUGAAAACCAUACAAAAGUUACGAAACGAAUCUCACAUUUGUCGAACGAGAUUCAAAAUUGGCAAAAUGAAAAUAAUGCAAACAAAGAAACAACGGAAGAGGAUGCGUUAGAUAUUUUCAUGUCAAGUUUAAAUUCAUUCGCUUUGACUAAAAGUGAUAUUGCCAAGAUGAAACUGGAAUUACAAACUCUUCGUAAAGAGGAAGCAAGUUUAAUUAAAUUAUUAAACUUGACGCGUCCAGCAAAUUUACCGGCUCUUAUAACUACCGAUCAAACGGAACAUCCGAUUAAAACGAAGUCGAAUCUUGUGCAAGAAACAUCGUCGAAAAAAAGCAGAAUUCAACACUCAGAGCUUUAUCGUAGAAAGAAAAAACAAGCGAAUCAUCCAGUUGGUACAGAUAAUUCGUUGGUAUCGAGUACAGUUGCAGACGAAGAAAUAGAAUCGGAACAAGAUUCGGACGUUGAUGACGAAAAGAACGAGUGUUUGAAUCUCUCUUCUUUGAACGAUAAAGAAAGUUCCGAGUCAUGCAAUUCGUCGACUAUUUAUAAUACUAAUAUUGUUGAUCCCAUUUCUGAUACUACUACUGCUACUACUACUACUACUAGUGUUGCUGCUGAUAUUACUACUGUUACUAUAAAUAAAUCUCAAAGAGAAAAUGAAAAAAAACAAAAGAACCAAGUUGAAAUAAAGAAAAAACAUAGGCGAGAGCAACAGAAGGCACCUUGCGAUCAAGAAGUAUACGCGAAUAAUUACUCUAUGUGGGUUCCACCGCAGGAUCAACUUGGAGAUGGAAAAACAAGUCUUAAUGAAAAAUACGGCUAUUAAAGUCAAAAUCUAUUUUACGAUAUUAUAUCAUUGUAACUUAUUUCCAAUUAACUAUUUCGUUGUACGAUACUGUAAAUACAUUCAGAUUUUAUAUA